AUGUGUAAGGAAAUCCGGGCCAGCAACCCCGGCGUCGACAACAAGGGCGUCUCCAAGCUGAUUGGCAAAAUGUGGAGCAACCUCACCGGCGCCGAGAAGCAGAUCUGGAAGAAGCGCCAGCAGCGCGCCAAGAGAGAGCACCAGAUGCUGUUCCCAGGUUACAAGUAUGAUCCCAAGCAGCCCCGGGAGAAGAAGGAGGGGGACGAGAACGAGGACGAGGAGCAGGCUCCCAACACGUCUACCCCUUCCAAGCGCAUCGUCAAUGGGCUCAAAGCACCCUCUAUGCUGACGCCCAUGUACACUCCCUCUGCUCUCGGUGGAAUCAACGGUCUGACCAAAUCGAACUCCAGCCUGCAGCGUGCUGGUCAGGUCACUACCCCUUCCCGAGCUCCGCAGCAGCAGAUACCCCAGUCGAUGAAGCACUUCCAGCCCAGCCAGGCAGCGACCAUGAACCUGGCUCAGCAGAUGAACCAGCAGCCCGGCAAUCUGAGUGUUUUGUGCGAUCCUGGCCUGGAGGCCUUGGCCAGAUUCACCUAUUCCCCGGGCACAAACACUGCCCCCGCCCCUGAAGAGAUGCCCAUCGACCCUGCCAUGGGUGGCCCCAGCAAUGUUGCAGUUCAGGAGACCGGUGAGGAAGCUAUCGACACUACUGAAGAGGAGCUCCAGGCCAUGCUGGAGGCGUUGCUCAGCCCUACCGUCGAGGAGGAGCAGGGUGAAGUUAGCACGGCCGGUGCAGAGAGAGACGCCGAGGCCGUGCCUGGAGGCCAGGCACUCUCCGACGCUGCCGUCACCCUGAAUGAGCAGAACACAGCCGGCACAUCUGUCAGAGUGCAAGGCACUUCUACAUCCACCCAGACCAUGGUCACUGAUUGCCACUCCGCCAGUGAGGUAGUCAAGGAUGGCAAUUCCGCCAGCUCGGACACUGAUGUCUCGAACACCGCCUCACAGACCACUGCCGGCUCCACUGCCGAUACCUCCAUCAGCGACCAGUCUGUUCCCAGCACCUUAACCACGGCCGUAGCCAGCGAGCCCACAGAGCUCGACCUCUCGGAGUUCGACUUCCCCAUGCCCCCCACGGCGUCCGAUAUCCCGCGCGGCAACAACCUGGACCUCACGCUGGGCAUCGACGACGCGGCAGACCGAGCUAUCCUCGACGAGCUGCUCAACUGGAAGCCUGAUGAGGAUCUGUUUGGCGGAUUCAAGUUCUAG